AAUUUAAUUAUCGAUAAUGGUUUUUCAAUCCGUGGGUACUAAAGAGAAGCCCUUGGCGCACAUCUCGCUGACGGAUUGGAAUGCCCGAGUGGGUCGUCUAGGGAAUGUGGCGGAUGCACGCCGGGCCGACACCUUUUCCAUACGAAACUCUUCGCGUGUGCUGAUCAAUGAGACGCGUAUUGAGGGAGUAUGGGCAAAUCGGGAAUCAAAUGAGGCGCUGACUGAUCGCAUUGAAGAGUUGAAUAGUUGGCGUAAGAUAAUUUCCAAGACGCUUCAACGCCUGGAGAAUGAAAUUCAUACACUGCAGCAGGAGAAGUUUCUAACGGAGCGCGUUCUGGAUGCGCUGGAGGGACCUAUAGCGCUGAUAGGCGAGGUUCUGUCCAUGCGGGAUGGUCGCCUCGGUGCUGAGCUGACUUACGAUGAAGCCGACAAGGAGAUCAAGAAUGAGCUAUAUAUAUUGGAGAACAAUCAACGAUUGCUGGCGGAUCGAUGCCAAAACGCAUGGAAGAAACUGAAGCGUCUUGAAGAUGUGCGUGCAAAGAUUCGCGUGGAGAUCGAGAGCAAAGAUGAGGCAAUGCAACUGGACAGAGAACAACUGGCAAUCAAUCGCAAUUCAAGCAACAUAUCCUUCAAGCCGGACUCUCAGCGUUAUCCGCGAAACUGUUGCACAUAUGGAGGCUGGCUGGAGAAUGUGAAGAACAUAAAGCAGAUGGCCGAGAACGAAUUGGCAGACACAUCCGCCAUAAGAGAAGCAUUAUUCGUAUGCCGGGAAAAGGCUCGCAGCAUCCUCAAGGCACAACAGGAGCAAACCGAGUACACAUUGAGGAAGCGAAUCUUCGAAACUCAACGGGCGCACAAUGAGCUGGAGUGGCAGAAGACCAAGAUGAAGGAGGAAAUGGAGAAAGCAAUAUGCGCCAUGCGGAUUCUAGAUGCUGAUUUACAGGAAAAAGCCGCUGAUCUCAAGUUAGCCGAGUCUCGACUGGAGAAUCGUGCUCUCCGACGAGGUAGAGAGUUGUGCCUGGAUUAUGCUCACUUUACGCUUUGCCAGGAGGUGGACAAGUUACGUGGAAUACGACAGUGUCUUAUAGACAAGAUCGAUGAGUCGAAAGCCAACUUUAAUCUAUUAACGAGUCAUGCCCAAAAGAUCGAUGUAGAUCUGGAGAACAAACGUCAGUCGUUGAUGGCUGACACACGGGCGCUAGAAUUACGUCAGCGCCUCCAGGAUGAAGAAUUUGGCAUAAAACUGUACAAUCCAAGUGCUCAGACCGAUCGCAAUAUUGAACUCACACAUAUGGAGAGUUUCUCAAAGUGAUGCGAGAUUAAGAUUUUUACAUUUCUAUCAGCAUUUAAUUUAUUUUAUAUAACUU